UCUUGAUUGGAAAUGAUCAGAACUGAUUGAUGCUGCUGAUUAUCUAGUCUCACAUUUUAUCUGAAUAAACAGAUGAAAUACUAAAAUACUAAACUAAGAACGGAAAAUAUUCCAAAAAGUGGUGUAAAAGUUAGAAAUCUCCAUGAGAUUUUUCUGAUAUGUUGACUAAGACAGAAAAUCGAGCCUGUAAUUAAAACUGACGAACAAGAUUUUCUGCUUGUGCAGCUUAAACAUUAGUGAAAAACAAUUGACAUGCGACUUCGUACAGCCAAGGCUGUUUUGGUUGUCUUCUACAAACCAAGUCUGCUGUAUUAUGUGUGCACCACGAUAAACAACAGGCUGCCGGAACAGGAACAGCGUCAAAAUGUAGUUUCAUAAUGUCUGCUCAUUUAUCAAGAUCAAUUGAAGUAACUGGUAAACUAAUAUAUAAGUUUUAUUGUGUUUAUAUGUUGAUUUAUUUAUGAACAUAGGAUAAAACGGAAAUGUUUCUCUGCAGUUAAUAAAAUAUUAUGACUAGAUAAUAUCUGAAUCGGUUUUAUUCAGAUUUGUUCUGAUCUUUUUGGCGUACAUUCGAAACUUUCAGCUACUGCUGUGCAAAAAUCUGUGAAACAGACUACCGGAGAAGUAACUUAUGAACUAUUUUUAUUUUUUAUUUCUAGAUGAGUAGAGUAAUAAUUACAAUGUUAAAAAGCGUUAAUGUUGUUCGUUUUCUUGCUUUUGGGGCAUCAUUAACGGAAGGUUUUUAUAAUUAUGGCAUGUUAUAUCAUCCAUAUACACUUAAAUUAGAGUCACUCUUGAAAAGUCAUUAUGCUUCAUUGGAUCCAAAUAUGCAAAUCGAAGUCGUUAAUCAAGGUCUAAGUGGUGAGGCUGUUUUAGAGACAAUGCAAAACCGCUUAGAACAAGUACUUGCUAAUCAAACGACAAAAUUCGAUUGGGUGUUAAUAUUUGCUGGAACAAACGAUACAAUGAGAGAUCAAGCAGAAGCUAAAGAUGUUCUUGGUGGUUUACAAGCAAUGUAUAAUAAUUGUUUGAAGACAGGCGCCAAAGUUUUAGCAAUGACGUUACCCGAAACAGAAAUAUCAUUAAAUUCACCUCUAGACAAAAGUAGACAAGAAUUAAAUAAACUUUUACGCCAAACGUAUCUAUUGUCAUCAAAUAUGAACAAAGUUAUUCUACUCGAUGUCGAAAAACAAUUACCCUAUCACAGUAUGACUAAACAAGAACAAGAGCGAAUAUGGGAUGAUGGACUUCAUUUGAAACCAGAAGGGUAUGAUCGACUAGGAGAAAUGAUUUUUAAUGCAUUAAAAGCGUAUUUAUAA